CCGCGCGAACCUUUUUUUCCCCUUCCGGGAAUUUUUUCCCCCAUUGUGGGGACAUACGAUGGCGGCGACAAUAGAAUCAUUCGCCUUACUGUUGUCGCCGCUGGCACUAUGGUUGGUCGCCAGCUGGUGGCUGAGGCGAGGCCAUGGGACAAGAUGGUGGGACCGCGGGACCCUGUUAGUUACCGGACCGGCGCGGCGCGAUAGCAAUGACGCAGUGAGAGCACUGUUCGUUACGGCGCACCCUGAUGACGAAACGAUGUUCUUCGCGCCUAGCAUUCUUAAACUGGCUCGCGCCAGGCUGUGGCUGCUGUGCGGGUCCACAGGUAAUUACUACAAUCAAGGAGCCAUUCGUAAGGAGGAGCUCCUGAAGAGCUGUGCAGUUCUUGGAAUCCCUCCUUCCAACGUGAUUGUCGUUGACCACAGGGAUCUUCCUGACCAUCCGUCUGUCGAAUGGGAUACGAGUUUGCUGUCUGCUCUGAUACUAAAGCAUAUUGAAUCCAACCAGAUCGACCUGGUGGUGACCUUUGACGCAGGAGGAGUGAGUGGCCACACCAACCAUAAAUCCCUUUAUACUGCCAUCAGGUACCUGCACUCAGAGAAUAGGCUUCCAGAAGGCUGUCGAGUCCUUACCCUAGAGACGGUCAGCCUCUUCCGGAAGUACCUCUCUGUCCUCGACCUCCCCAUCAGCUGCCUUCGCAGCCAAGAUGUUCUCUUUGUCCUGACAAAAGAGGAGGCAGAACUGGCCAAGAGAGCCAUGCGGUGCCAUCACAGCCAACUCCUCUGGUUCCGCCGCCUCUAUAUAGUCUUCUCACGCUAUAUGGUGAUCAACUCACUUCGCUUCCUCUAAUGGGAACAGAACUCCAUCCAAGACUUGGGGAGCUUCAAGCUGCGUCGGGAUGACAGAAGCCAGGAACGCUGUGAAACUCUUGCCGAGCUAAGAAAUGUCAAGCGUGGGAAGGCUGAUACCUGCUGCGUGAGUUCUUACCUGUGGCCAGUGUCUGCAUUCUACCAGUUAUGCCACUCCGGUGACUUAAGAGAGCCAGAAGCACAAUAAACAAGGAAUGGAACAGCUGGUUCUAUGGCAGGGGUCUGCAAGCUACGGCUCUCCAGAUGUUCUUGGACCAAUUGGCCAUGCUGGCAAGGGCUGAUGGGAUUUGUAGUCCAUGAACAUUUGGAGAGCCGCAGGUUGCAGACCCCUGUUCUAUGGAAUCUGGUUAAAGUGGGACUUUUGCAACAGGUGGCGGGGAGGGGGAUGUAUCCUUAAAUGAUGGUACCUGGAUAUUUUGUUAAAAUUUUCUUUUCUUUUUUUACAAUAAUACAAUGGUAACUUGAAAUAAAACAAGACUUGUUACACCAUAA